UGUCUUCCUUUACAUUCCCAACGGCCAUUGAUUACGGACCGGGCGUCGUUUCUCCCACCAUCGUUUUGUUGUUUGUCUUGAUUGAAUUCCCAUCUCUCGUUGAUCGACCCCUUUAUCACAAUGGCCUCCACUACUGAGACUGCUCCCCCAUUGGGAUUGCCAACUCACAAGAUUGUCGCUAAGCGGGGUGCGGCUUUCACUAUUAUGGUUGCUGGAGAGUCUGGUUUGGGAAAGACCACUUUUAUCAAUACCUUGUUCUCGACGACCAUCAAGAACUAUGCCGACCACAAGCGUCGUCACCAGAAGCAGAUUGACCGGACUGUUGAGAUCGAGAUCACUAAGGCCGAGUUGGAGGAGAAGUUCUUCAAAGUUCGCCUGACCGUCAUCGAUACCCCCGGAUUCGGAGACUACGUCAACAACCGCGAUUCCUGGCAACCUAUCAUUGAGUUCCUCGACGAUCAGCAUGAGUCCUACAUGUUGCAGGAGCAACAGCCCCGCCGCACAGAGAAGAUCGAUAUGCGUGUGCACGCCUGUCUGUAUUUCAUCAGACCCACCGGCCACACCCUGAAGCCCCUCGAUAUUGAGGUCAUGAAGCGCUUGAGCUCUCGCGUCAACCUUAUCCCCGUCAUUGCUAAGGCCGAUACCCUCAGCCCCGCCGAUCUGGCCCGCUACAAGCAGAGAGUUAAAGCUGUCAUUGAAGCCCAGGGCAUCAAGAUCUACACCCCCCCGAUUGAAGAAGAUGAUGAGCAUGCUGCCACCCACGCGCGGAGCCUGAUGGCUGCCAUGCCUUUCGCCGUGAUCGGUUCCGAGAAGGAUGUGAAGACCAGCGACAAUCGGGUUGUAAAGGGUCGUCAAUAUGCCUGGGGUGUUGCCGAAGUAGAGAAUGAGGACCAUUGCGACUUCAAGAAGCUUCGUUCGAUCCUGAUCCGUACCCACAUGCUGGAUCUUAUCCACACCACCGAGGAGCAACACUACGAGGCCUACCGUGCGCAACAGAUGGAGACCCGGAAAUUCGGUGAAGCCCGUCCCAGGAAGUUGGACAACCCCAAGUUCAAGGAAGAGGAGGAGUCGCUUCGCAAGCGGUUCACCGAGCAGGUCAAGGUCGAGGAACAGCGUUUCCGACAGUGGGAGCAGAAGCUCAUUGCCGAAAGAGACCGCCUCAACAAGGAUCUGGAGGCUACGCAUGCCGCAAUCAAAUCGCUGGAGCAGGAAAUCGAGUCCUUGCAGGGCUCAUCCACCCGCAGCCAUGGACGUCGCUAAGGCACUUUUGAACCACUGCAAACUGUGGUCUUUCGAUCAACAGUGGGAAAAGCAGACUCUGCAUUCGUCAAUUUUAUUUCAUGUUCAUUUGACUACCCCUUGAAAUUUUCUUUAACUUUCCUAUUUUCGGCUUUGUGUGUACUCGAGUGAGACAAUUUGCAUAGGGCAUAGACGCCCUGUCCUGAGUUUCGCUGGGUUUUCUUGUU